AUGUUCGAUACCAGCCUUGCCAAAGCAACAGCACAAGCUCUGAGGGGAAAAAAGGAUAUAGCAGACAGAGGUAUACCAGUUGCCUUUGUUACUAUUCUCAAGAGCAUCAAUCUAUCCUAUGCUCCUAUCAUGGGAGAGCUAUGGAACGCCAUAGAUAGCCAGCUGAAGGGUUUGCCUUCUUUGGCAGAUUCUUAUCCACGCGGCUUCCUGAUCCUGGACGGUUAUGACCAAUUCGAUAAUAAUACGCAAGUACACAUCGAUCACGAAUUAUCACAUUUGCAGGCCCGUGGAAUCAAUGUUAUGACUACAGGAAGAGAACCCAAAUCAUUCGAAGCUAUUGACAUAACUGCGGUUUGUGAUAGCUGUCGAAAAUCCCCUCUCGACUUGUAUUGGAUCUGUCGCCAGUGCUGGACAGGGAACUUCGAAACCUGCUACAGUCUCUGCAAUAGCUGCAAGGUCGAAGGUACAAUAUGCACAGUCGAUGGGAAUGCUCUUGCUUUCGAGGAAAUGUAUGAUUAUCGCGAGUUCCACAUGAACUUGCUUCCUGAGGAGCACUUUCGAAGGUUCAUUCGGGAAGAGAUGACAAAGGAGUAUGGCCUGGUCAUCAAUCAGCCCUCCUCUCGUAUCGACACCACCAGAUCUAGCGCAAUAUCUGAGCAUCUCAUGACCUUCAUGCUUUCGGACCGCAAUAUCACUCUGGUGAAAGCACACAUGGAAGAAGUGCAUCAGAUGCAGUCAUGGGAUAAUACCGCGCGACUCUACGACAGAAUUUUUCCGAGCGUUAUCAGGCUGUUCGAUAGCGCCAUCGAGCACAUCGAGAAGCAGUCUCCCACACAACGAGUUCUAGGCUUGCUUUCUAUCGCAGCGGCCGCAGUCCGUGACUAUGGUGUUUCAUUCGCCGAAUUGGAAUCACAGCUGCAAAGAUUGGUCGAAGAUAUCCCCGAGCUUGCUACUAAUAUCCCAUUUGAUCAGCAGAAUGUCUUCCAUUCAGCGCGAGGAUUCCUAAUGGUAGAUACCUCGAGAGUUUCCUGCUACGUACCCUUGUUCGCAUGCUAUGCUCGAGAUGGUUACAACAAGACGUUACUUUGGGCGAAAGCGAAGCUCGAAGCUGAAAGCGAUGAGCGGUCGCAAGAGCUUCCAGUGCAGGUUUUGGAUGAAGCGCACCAAACCUCCUCGCCGCCGCCGAUGUCUCCACCGUUAGUAUCGUCGCCGCCGCCGAUAUCUCCUCUGUUAGCCUCGUCGUCGCCGCCGAUAUCUCCACCCCUAGGCAGAGAUAACCCGACGAACGAGUCUAGCAUUGACAGCGGAUACUACUCGAAGUUCUCGAGUAUCAUGAGCAUGAAAGAUAGCGACAGUUUCUUCGACCAUAGAACGGUAGCUCAUCCUCAAGAACUUCAACCAGCGACCAAGCAGAUAUGUACAAUCUGCGAGAACAUGAUUAAAGGAAAAGAGCCAGAACGGACCCUCACUACUACACUUGAGGGUUUCAAGCUAUCGGUGGCGGAAAGGUGUAUGUUCUGUACGACAGUGUGGGAAGAUGUGAAACGUUGGUCAACAGUUGACCAGCAGCGACAAUGCAAGUGGACCGUUCGAAGAAAGUCAGGUUUCCGUGAAUCCGAGGAGUCCCUAGUUGUCACUUAUAGGCUCACGUCAGGAGUUACCGAUGAACAGAGUCCCCUCAAGCAGAAGGUCUUCCAUAUACUCCCUGAGCACGAAGUCGAUAAACAGAUGUCCAUUCGACUGAUAUCUGAAACUACACAUCCAGCCCAUGAUUCAACUUCUCAAAUUCGAAAUUGGCUCCAUGAUUGCCGAAAUUACCAUACAACAUGCAGAGUGUCAUAUACCCCUACGUGGGUUCCAACCAGGCUAAUAGAUCUGGAAACGGGCGAUCCUGAUAGACUUCGCGUCGUCAACACCAAGGAUGAAGAUAUCUGCACACCUUACGUAACCCUGAGCCAUUGUUGGGGUAAUUUCAAGGAGAUUCCAUUCUUGACACUGACCCUCUCGAACAAAAGCAAACUCAUGGUCGAAGGUGCAAUGCUGCGAGAUUUGUCCCGGAACUUUGUUGACGCUGUGGCUGUCGCGCGCCACAUGGGUGUCAGAUAUAUCUGGAUUGAUUCUCUGUGCAUCAUCCAGGACAACGGCGAAUUCUCCAGAAGCGAAGGGCAACUCAUGCACAAAGUCUAUCGACAUUCAUACUGCAACAUAUCCGCAGCAGAUUCACUCGACAGCCGCGGUGGUCUCUUUCGACGUCGCGACCCAGAAACGAUCAGGCACGCAGUGUACGAAGAAGAUGGAAGCUCUAAUCUGCUGACUAAAGGCCGUUGGGUCGUACUGGAAGAUGAUCUCUGGCAGACCCAGGUCCUGGGUAUGAACAUAUACACCAGGGGCUGGGUUUAUCAAGGUCUGUAG